AUGGAGGAUCCCAAAGAUGCAAAGAUUAUUAAUUUCACGCAGAACCUAAACAGGACGUGGCAUACAUACGUCGAAGCAGCUCCAAAGGACCAUGUUCAAGAUAUCCGCAACCUCGCCCUCAUUAAUAAAUGUCUAUACCCUCCUUUCGACAAUUGCGGUUUGUGCACCGCGGUUGUCAAGGAAGAUUUUGGGACGUGGCAACAAAUUUCAUCAACUGGCAACACCCGCCUAUUCUUCUCCAUAGGCGGCGGUGCGGAUAUUCCAUACUUCAGCCUAAGACUACGCCUGGGUAGUCAUGCAGGCGAUUUCCAUGACCUUGAUUUAACGGCUAUCUGGACAGCCUGGCAUGAGAGCGAUUAUGGUUAUCGUCGGCCUGUCAACGAACCCUGGACGACCCCCAGAGACCUAGACAAGCGCACGUUUUCAAGCCGACUGCGCGACGUCGAAUUCCAAAUCUGUAAGCUUGAUGAGUAUCAGGCAGAGCGCUGUGGAGGGAAAGCAGGAGCACCCUGUUGUCGCAUCUCGUGGGCCCAUAAAGACCCGCCGUAUAGAUUCAACUUUCCGGAUCCACGCAAGCACAGGAACCGGUUGAGGCCUAUGGAAUACCAUAAUCUCGAGAUAUUUGACCUGCUCAGGAGACCUCACGUCAUGGUGUCUGUUGUCACCCGAGAAAUAGGGUUGCUCAUAAAGUAUUGGACUUUCAUGACAGCAAUACCAGUCCCAACGCCGCCGCUGUUCCCCAAUUGUGACUGCCGCUUCAAUCCGAAGAAAAGAUGUAUUGAGCCCAUAACAAAAAUACCUCUAACUGUGGAUCGCGCAAGAAACGCAAUGCAAAUUAUGAAUAUUGGGAGUGUGAGCCAAAGCUUGUCCACGAUAUUCAUCAAUUCCAGACACUAUGAGGCAGCUAUGACCAUGGAUAUUCUUUGCGAUAUGCAACACCAGGAGUCGUAUCUGCAUAUUCUGAAUUAUGACCCGAAAAUUCGCCUAUUCCCCGUCACAGAUGCCUACAUGAACAUAACCAGACCUAUCGAUGGCCUCUUUUACGCCAUUGUUGAUAUGUGUGCACACGGCGGAGACAAUGACUUGGGACCAGGUUUCGAUCUGAGUCUCCCAUCGCCCGCACCAGGAACGCUCGUGGAGGUUAAAGUUCAAAUUAAAGGCCAGAACGGGGCCGAUGAUGUCGAAUUUCGGUGCAAGGAAGUCGUCGUCAGUGGUCCUCCAUGUGUUGAUCUUAAUUGGUAUUGCCGAAGAGCAACAAACCCUAUCUGUAUUCAAAUGGCCCAUACAUCCAAAAUGCUGAAAUUUCACUCUGCUGCUUCCUUCAACGUUAUUGAGUUGCCCGGAAAAGUCAGUUUUCUUCCAUCGGUUCUUCCUCAUGCGCAAGCACAAUCUGCAGUACAGUCUUUAAUCCACGGGAACAGUCAGUUGAAAAUGCCCUCUGACAACUGGCUACAAAGUAUCAUCCUGGCCCAGGAUAAUGGGCUCCGCAAGUUCUUCAGCACACCCUGGGCAAUGACACAGCAAGUAACAUCGUAUAUGGAGCAUUUCCAGCAGUCUCUCAAUGCCGACCAGAUGUCUGCUAUCAUUUCUGGCCUGAAUUGUGAUCCACUUCCAGAGCUUCUGUUCACACUUAUUUGUGGUGGCCCUGGUACCGGGAAGACUCUGGUUUCAGCACAUAUUAUGAGCUUUUGCCUUGACCAAAAUAUCCCUUUCUUUAUCCUGGGCUCGUCAGCCUCGAGCCUUGAGGCCCUGGAGGAUAGGUUCAUGGGUGUUUCCGAUGUCAAGGGUUUGUCGAACCCGUCCGCGAAUUUCUACCGGUUGGAUUUCGAACUGGGAGACUGCCACGAACGCAGGAUGGCAAACGGCUACCAACACCGCUGGUUCCGAGACUCACGCAUUGAGGCAAUGAAAAAGACAGCAAUUCUAAAUUCGGAUUUUGGCCCUGAGGUUCUUAUACCUCUUUGGGUUUGGCUAAAAAGUCGAAUCUCAAGUGAAAGUAAGUUCUCGCUGGGGGCAUACAUUCUUAGGCGCCUGAAAAAGGCCGUUUUAAUAGGUCCUUGCGGAUGGGAAUCUCCUUCCCCUGAUCGGGAUAAGGAAGAAUUUCACCUCCUAUGGGAUGUUAUUUGCUGGUAUAGGGCUUUAGAAAGGGAUGGGUGCGUCUUUGACGAACCUUUGCAAUCCGAUGGGAGCACUCUGCAGUCAGCCAAGGAUACGCUUCUUAUCGGAUUCAGAGAUGCGUUGGAAGCUCUUCAACGGUAUUACACGGCCCGGGGCAAGGGCAUCCUUUGUCCCGCGAGGUCUGUCGGGAAAGCUGCCCUCCGAGAAUUACGGCCGCUGUAUAUCCUCAUGGAAAACGCUUCAUCGAUCUCCGAGCCUGCUUGUCUAACUGCUUUGGUGGAGCACUAUCCUUCAACAAAGAAGAUUACGCUUGUUGGAGACUCGUGCCAGAGCCCUGUUCCCGUUACUUCCUGGCAGGGUAACGAUUGCCUCGAAGUCGAACGAAUCUCUCUGUUUGAGAGACUCCAGGCCACUGGAAUGCCUGCUGUCGAGCUUCGCAUCCAAUAUAGAAUGGAGACCACCAUCGCCCGUCUUGUGUCGGAUAUAUUCUACCCUGAGAAGCUUCAAACUCAUGCGAGUUGUAUUGAUCGGCCCCCUGCCCUUCUAUAUCGCGAGGUGAUGAAUGCUUUUGCUACUCACGGCAGCCCCGGAAAUCUCGCCUUCAUUUCAGUCAAUAAUCCCGCAACAUGGCGACGACCAAAUACUUGUUCUAUGUUCAACCCGCAGUAUAUACACUGCGUAGUGCAGUGCGUUAGAAACCUUGUCGAAAAUGGAUUCUCGGAUGAUCAAAUCCUCGUUUUAUCCUAUUAUGCCGAAGAAUGCCGGGAACUUCGUCAAGCCUUGCAUGUCGACCGUCCAUACUCCAAUGUCGAGAUCGCAACCAUCGACUCAUACGAAGGCAAAGAGAAAGACUUUGUCAUCUUAUCGACUUGCCGUCCGGGUGGGCAAGCGGGGCUCGGAAUCGUAGCUGAUAGAAAACGCACAUGUCUCGCCUUGAGUCGUGCGAAGCAUGGCCUUACGAUCAUAGGACACGAGCGAAUGGGGUUCGCAAAAGAUGGGUUUCGACAGCAUGUGAAAUACUGGGCUGGUUGGGAGGCUAUCGUACGACGAUUAAAACGAAACCAUUCUUUUCGGAUUUGGUCUGGCUCUGUACUUUUGGAUAAUAAUCUGGAAUUCCACGAGACCCGGGACAGGGAGGUUGUGGCGACAUAUAACUGGGCAAAGAAAUGA